GAAAACGAGCAACACAACUACUUGACAAACAAACAUGGCGGCCCCCAUGAGCUGCUGGUCAAAUGCUUUGGGUGUGAAGUAAUCUUGUCUGCUGGUGAGUUGGUCAUGUAUGAUGAAAUAACAAGAGUCGUAAAGAAGGUGAGUGUUGACAGACUUGAGUUUAGUUCAACAAUAUGACGGUACUUUCUGAAAGACGGAUGGUGUAGGCUAGGUUAGUAGACACGAAAUUACCCCAAUAAAUAUAAACAGCUGCUGCAGACAGAGCUUUAAAUCAUCAAGACUGUCAUCAAUUUACCAUUUGUGUUGACCUAUAUAAAAAACAAAUGCCAAAAAAUGUUUAUCAGUCAUGUUUCUAAGUAGCGAAUGUUAUUAACUUCACCAAAAGACUCAUAUCGUCAAUAUUUUUUAUUGAUCAUACGUAGGUUUACAGUAACUUAAUGAUGCCUUCACGGGUUUCAAAUCGGUCAUUUUCUCUUAACAAAUGGUUGGAGUUUUAAAAUAGUAUUAUUUUCAGUAAUUAUGACACUAACUGAGAAAUAAAAUGUUUCUUUUGGUUAGUAGUUGGCCUGACUAUAAUUUGUUUAACUUUGAUAUUCAGUAUAAUGACAUAUUUAUCCUUGUUAUAAGGUGGACAUCCACAAAAUGUCUGUAAACAUGAUAAAUGUGUAUUUUUAUAGCACUGUGUAUCGACUUACGUGUCUUCAAUACUUUCUGUUCACAUCAGGCCAAUAUUUUGAUGUCUCAUAGCAUGCUUAUCUGUAAGGCUUGACUUUAUUUCUUAGUACUUCAUCUUUUUUUUCUUAGUGUUUUGAAGAAUAUCUGUGCUGUGUAUAUAUAAUACAUGGUAAGACUUAUUAUUGCUUAGUAUUAGAAAACAUCCUCAUAGAUUCUGAUUUAGUUGCAGGUCUUCUAUGCACAUAAAAAUAAUGUGGACUGCAAGUAUUUUCUGUCUGUCUUCUGGAUUAAUACAAUUGAUUUUAUGACUGUUUAUUUGAUCUUUUUUUUUGUUAAACGUUUAUAAAUUAUUACCACAGGCCAUUGUUACACAUUUCACUUGCUUUGUUUGUCCAAACAACCUCUCAAAAUCCAAAGACUCCUCAUUAUGAUCAUAGAUGAAGAGUAAAUGCAGCAAGUCUCUGUAUUUUAGAAGCUGUAAGCUGAAAAUGUUUGACAAUUUGGCUGCUCUCUAAUGCUGAUGUGCUGCUGUGCUGUGCUGUGCUGUCCUGCAGUGAAGUGUCCACUAUGUCCAGAUUGGCAGUGGUGUGUGGGGGCUCCAGGGGCAUUGGGAGGGCCGUGUCCCGCCUCUUAGCAACAAGAGGCUGCAGGGUGGCGAUUGUCUCCAGGAAUGAAGAUGUUGCCAAGGCCACUGUGAAAUCUCUACAUGGAGGUAAACAUCUUUGUGUUUCUGGCCGUUUCACUUUUAUAGCCAGACUAUAUGAACACUGCUGGAUCUGUACAACCUUUCUAAGGCUCAAAAUAAACAUCACAACCUGAUUGUUCAUUUAAAGGGUUGGUCCUCCCACAAGUAUUUUUCCUUCAAAUAUGGAAAAAGCGACAGAAGUUGUAAAACUCUUAACAGACAGUACUAAAGGGACAAAGAAAGUGUACUGGAUGUCCUCUUCAACAGGAAAACUUGUCAGGAACUACCCUAAUGUGACUGUACAGAACUGAAGACCAAAAGGAAUUACCAUUACUUUUUACAAUAAAACAAUAAAAUGCAGGUGUAAUAAAUUAAAAAUACAAAAGUAGUGGAUAAAACCAAAAUCAUGGAACAACAUCAGCGAAAGAAAAAUGUAAUAACCUGUGUAUAAUUCAAGUGAAAGACAAGCCAUAUGGAUGACUGAAUAAUUACAUCAUAACUGAAAAUGUUAAAUACUGUCCAGUAAGUGUAGGAGCUUUUUGAAUCCAUAAGUGGCAAAAUAUUAUCUUAAAUACCACUGAUCUGUUAUACCUGAAUCUGAUACUACAGAAUGCAGUCUUGUAUCCUUUGUGUUAUCUUUUGUUUUCCUCUCCAGCUGACCACGUGGCUCUCAGCUGUGAUGUCUCUAAAGAGCAGGAUGUGCAGAAAACCUUCGAGAUGAUCCAGAAAACCUGUGGUAACAUCUCUUAUCUUGUAAAUGCAGCUGGCAUCAAUAGGUGAGCCUGAUACAAGUUAUCUUUUCAUGCAGGACUGAGCUUUAUUGUUGACUUACAGUGUAUCACUGUGUCUGUGUCUGAUCAGAGAUGCUCUGUUACUGAGGAUCAGGCCUGAGGACAUGCUGCCUCAGCUUCACACUAACCUGCUGGGCUCCAUGUUGACCUGCAGGGCGGCUCUGCGUAGCAUGCUGCACACUGAGGGGGCUGCUGUUGUUAAUAUAGGUAUGAAAACUGAACUCCAGACACUGACAGACACACAGGAACAUUCCAAUAAAAUGUGUCGGUGUCUAAGGUUAAGGUUAGGCUCACUAAUACACCCUCAAGUGAGUGAGCUCUUUGAUAAAAUCUUUAUAGCACCAAAUCAUGUGCUUUCCAUGAGUCCCAAGUCCUGCAGCUAUAACUGUGGUACUAACCCAGAGCUCUCUGCGAACUUGGUGAAGAGAAGGAUUUGAUUGUUCAGCUCCCCACUGGAUGCAAACAAAUGAGUUUAUACGAAGUUUUCAAUGACGUGUUUCAGAAAAGAAAAACAACUGAAGCAAAGCAAGCAUAUAAUAAUAUUUGUAAGUUUCAUGCAGCCUAUUUUUUUUUUUUUUUAAUCAAUUCAACUUUUAAGGGAUUUUUGUUUGUUUUCCAAGUAAAUAAUUAUAAUGGGUUAACAUUGAUGGCCUUUAAGCUUUAGUAAGAUGCUUGAAUAUAUAAAAACUCUAUUGUAAAUACAGAAAUAUUUCCUGGAAUCAGCAUUUUUUAUCAUCUCGUAGCUUAUCUAGUUUCAAGGUUAUAUGAGAUGCCCAAAAGUGUGUCCUACUUCUAAUCUUCCAUCUAAAGCCCUGACACACUCACACACUGCACACUUGAUGUCAUAAAUAUCUGUAAGGGGUCAGCGCUCAGGCUGGAGGUGAAGAUUAAAGGUGCUUUUCCACCACAGGAACUUUCCCCAAAAGCCAGGGACCUUUUGGGGAACUUGUUUUGACCCCUUGAAAAGCCCUUGCUCUGAGGGUUGUACUUUCCAAUGGCCCAAGACUUUGGAGGCAGAGCCUGAUAAUUUCAUUUACAUCUAAUAAACAGGCUGUUGAUUCACGUAUCCAAUGCUGAAAGCUCUGUGUGCGCCCACACACACACACACGCAGAGGAGGGGAGAGAGAUUCUUGAUUAAAUCCUACAUAAUCUAAAGUUAUCUGACCAGUAAAACUAUAUGUAUACAUUGAUUUUGACUUUAAGUAUAUUUUACCAUCUCAGUGAUGCUUUUAGGGUGUUAUCACAGUUUCAGGGGUUAGACAGACACCAGCUGAGCAGAGAGAUGGAUAAACAGAUAAGGGCCAUUAAGGACUAAGAGCAAAUAUUUCUGGUAACCUGUUAUUUAAUAAUCAACACAGUCUACCUGCUACCAACAGGAUUUGCGACAGCUUUCUUUGUAAAUUAAAAAAUAAUAAAAAGUUUUUUAAAAAGUUCUCCAACAAAGAGCUGUGUAAGUGACUCCAGAUACCAUCCCUGGAGGUCAUUUGUCUGGUUUUACAUUAUUUACCAAGGACUUUGUUCCCACUGGAAACAGACAACAAGCAUCAGGAACCAUUUGGCACCAGGAAAAGAACUUCCUAGAAUUAGAAGUUAUGGGUGCUUUUGGUUGAAAGGCAUUUUCAGAGUGUGUUUAUGAACCCACUGUUCUUUGUGAUAGUAAGAGGUUUUCAGUUUGGUCACUGGGUGGCAGUGUGGAUUCUUGUUCCCUUUUUAAAGCUGGAUUCAAGUUUUAAAGAGUUCACUUAACUUUUUCUUCACUUGAGUCAAUUUUCUGACAAUUAUCUGAUUACUUCUAUUGUUGGUUUUAAAUAUUAUUUUCCAGUUUUGCAUGAAAAAAUAAAUGAAUGAACCAGGAUAACCUGAACAUGUUUCAUGUUAAAUGAAUUCAAAGAGUAGUAUCCUACGGCUGCUUUAUCUGCUAAGAAGUUUAACAGGACAUGUUUCUGUUGUUUUCAGGUUCUGUUGUUGGUAUGAAAGGAAACAGCGGUCAGUGUGUGUACAGUGCCAGUAAAGCUGGUUUAGAGGGUUUCACACGCUCUCUGGCUAAAGAAGUGGCUUCACGUAAUAUCCGAGUGAACCUGCUGGCUCCAGGUACACCACCACUCACUCCAUCCUUGUCUUCUACCUUUCCUCUCAGUCCUCAUGUUUUCCAUGUCUUCACAGUCCUCUUCAUGUCCUUGCCCUCUCUGACCUUCAGGUUUCAUCCACACCGACAUGACUUUAGGGCUGAAGGAGGACAGAGCCCGCUCAAUCCCUCUGGGGAGGUUUGGCGAGCCGGAAGAGGUCGCCCAGGCUGUCCUCUUCCUUUUGGAGUCUUCCUAUGUUACAGGACAGGUACUGGUGGUGGACGGUGGAUUGCAGCUGGCCAUGUAGGGACUGAGGCUUUCCUCUGGUGUUAGCUUGACACGUAAAACAACAGAGCACAGGAAGGCAGCUGAAGCCUCACUCUGCCUUUUCUGGAACUUUUACAUGUCUGGAUUUAAGCUCCUGUGAGGAGGUCUGAACUGGUUAUGAAAAAGACCGAGCAAACAGAACCGUUUGCAACAAAGUUCACUUUACUUGAGAGCAACUUUUGAUUUUUCUGUCUUUCCCUUUAAGCUUGUGAAUGAUGUUUCCAUUUUUGCAACCUUGUCAUCAGGUCAGAAUAAUUCAAGAGACAGCGACUGCAGUGUGUCCCUUCGGUUAACCCUACUGCAAUAUAGUGUAUUGCAUGUGAAUGUGAUACCUCAGAGACAAUGUGUGAAGGUUGAUCCGUCUCUUGAAGGUCCCCUGGAGGCAACAGGGCCCUGAGCAGCUGCUUUCUCUUACAGCUCAGGCUGGCCCUGAGCCAUCAGUGUUCUUCUCUGUCAUGAUGCGCUUCAUUAACAGUCUGAAUGGUCAAGUGCUUGUAUCAGCUCAUUCUGACUGACCCAAAUAAAACAUGCUUUUUUAAACUUUUCUCUCCUGUAAAGGUCUGCAGUGAAAA